AUGGCACGUACUCCUCAUAUAAAAGCAAUUGGAGUCGGAGUCAGAGUCAGAGGAGCUGCUGAAACUAACCUCAAUUUGACACAAGAGGAUGCAAAGCGCUAUCUGAACCAAGUCCAGAGAGCGUUUGCAAACAAAGUAGGAAAGUAUGCGACAUUCCGUGAGCUCUUGAUUGAUUUCAAGAAUCGCAGGAUCGGCAUACAUGCUUUGCUUUUCAGGGUUAAAGAGUUGCUUCAAGGACAUAACAAGUUGAUAGCUGGUUUCAACAAAUUCGUGCCAGAAAAUCAUGAACUGAAAAUCGAUGAGGAUGAUGACGAUCUACCAUGCGAUGAAGCCGAUUGA